AAGUGAAUUGGACCUUUAAAAAGCAAACCACAUUGUGAUUGUGAUUACAAUUGCUAAAUACAAUUCAUAUGGUUGUAUGCAAUUGAAUUGUAACACUAUAACCUGCGGAUUUGCUGACUUACAAUACUGGCAAUUAUAUUCUCCCUGAUCUUGGCAUGGCUAAGUGGUCUAGGGGUAUGAUUCGCGCUUCGGGUGCGCGAGGUCCCGGGUUCGAAUCCCGGCUUAGCCCAACUUUUGUAAAUUUUUUUACUUGAAAAUAUUUUCUUUGUUACAGAUCAAAUGAUGUUCCAGUACUUUGUGAAAGUAGUCCCAACAACAUAUGUUAAAACUACAGGAAAGACAUUAUAUACCAACCAGUAUUCUGUGACAAAACAUUCCAAGGUGGUAGGAGCAAGCACAGGGGAAUCUGGUCUUCCUGGUGUAUUUGUCAUGUAUGAGUUAUCUCCCAUGAUGGUUAAAUAUACAGAAAAACAUCGAUCAUUCAUGCACUUCCUGACUGGAGUUUGUGCCAUUGUAGGAGGCGUAUUUACUG